AUGGAUAGAGAGGCAAGGAUGCAGCUGAGCAGCGGCGGCAGCGCCGGCCACCACCUCCACCCGCCCCCUGGAGACCCGCCACUGCAGCAGUGCGUGCAGCCCCUGCAGCCCCCUCCGCAGCAGCAGCAGCAGCAGUGCCCCGCCCUGUCCCCCGAACAGGAGCGCAAGCGGCUCCAGCGGCAGCAGGAGCGCGAAGCGGCCAAGGCGGCAGCCAAAGCGGCGCGGCAGCAGGCCAAGGGCGGCGGUCCCAAGCCGCCGCGCGGCCCCUGCGGCCGGCCCUGUGCGCCGCCCGCCGGCGGCGCGACCUACGCCCUGCCGCUGGCCAGCGCGGUGCAGAAGAACCAGCCUCCCUGGUACGCCAGGCACUCUUCCGACCUCAGCCUGGUGCACCUGGCGGCGCCCGACGUGCUACACGUGCGCUACCCCGCCGGCAGCAGCGUUCCCUCCUCGCCCCUCCGCGGCGGCGUGCUGCUGCGCGGUGAGCCGCGCUGCCUCCCCGCCCGCGACGCCCUCCUCCGCUUCUCCUUUGCCACCGCACCCAACUUCGACUGGACGCGCGGCGGCAAGCUGGGCGGCGGGCUGCAGGUGGGGCGCGGCGCGGCGGCGGGCUACCGCCACAGCGACACCGCUGCCUCGGCGCGCCUCGUGUGGGGCCCCGACGGCUACCUCAUGCUGUACGUCUACCAGAUGGAGGGCACCCAGCAGGACCCGGCGUACACUGAGGUGGCGCGCCUGGGGCAGGGCUGCGGCGACCACAUGUUUCCGGGCACCUUCCAGGUGCAGAAGGGGGUGUGGAACGAGGUGGUGCUGCGGGUGCGCCUCAACACGCCGGGGCGCGCCGACGGUGUAGCGGGGCUGGGCGUGAACGGGCAGUACCGCGAGUACGACAAGAUGGUGUGGCGGCUGGAUGGGGCCACCGCCCUCACCACCGUGCUGCUGGUCACCUUCUUCGGGGGCAGCUGGAGCACGCCUGUGGACACAGCCAUCGACUUUGCCAACUUCAACCUGACGCGCAGGGCGGUGGCGGCACAGGCGGCGGCAGGCGGCGGCAGCAGACCGGGGGAGCAGCAGGAUGCAGGGGCGGCAUUCAGCCGGCGCAGCACUCUGCUAGGCUCCCUACAGGCGGCUGCUACCCUGCUAGCGCUGCCGGCGACAGCCACGGAAGCUGGCGAGGCUGCUACCGUGACGGUAGGCAAGGGCAUGGACUAUGCCACCAUCGGCCAGGCACUAGAACACACACCCAGCGGCGGCACGGUGGAAGUGUACGGCGGAAGGUAUGUGGAGCGGCUGACCAUCACCCAGCCCGUGUCCAUCGUAGCGGCGCCCGGGGCGGUCGUGGAGGUAGCCUGGCAGACCGCCGAGCCCUACCAGGCGACAGUGGAGUGCAGCGGCGUGCGCGGGCCAGUGCUGCUGCGGGGGCUGCGCAUCCGCCACAGCAGCCCCAGCAUCGCCAACAACUAUGCGGUCCGGCUGGAGGGCUGCUCCGCCGUGGUGCUGGAUUGCGACAUCAGCAGCAGCUCCGGCGACGGCAUCGGCAUUGAGGGCGGCAGCCCGCGGGUGGCGCGGUGCAGCGUGCACCACUGCGCUCGACACGGCGUGGCUGUGUUUGGCGACUUGUUAGGCGAGGGCUGCCAGGCGUCGCUGGAGCAGUGUACACUGCUAGACAACCGCCUCAGCGGGCUGCUGGUGCGCGACGGCGCCACGCCCGCCGUCUCGCGCUGCGUGAUGAGCGGCAAUGGCGAGUGGGGCCUGCUGCUGCUGGACGCGGGCGGCUCCUUCACCGCCAACGAGAUCGCCGCCAACUCCAAGGGCUCUGUGGCCUACACGCUGCUCUACGAGGAGGUGGACACGGCCCGCAUGGUGCUGGAGAACAAGCUGGACAGGCGGGUGAUCAGCCUGAGCAAGAUUUGA